CACCCCCUCCCUUGAUGGUGGCCCUUCGUAGCCACUGCCUCGCAGCAGAGUGACACGCAUUCUUUGGGGGGGUGAUAGGUUUUUGUUGGGGAAGGGGUGUUUUGUUUUGCUGUCGCAAGCAGCCGGUGCUCCAGCACAAGCGAAUUAAAAUGUCCACUAGAACUCCAUUGCCUACGGUGAAUGAACGCGACACUGAGAAUGAUGUCGUCUCUUCACUGGGGGAAGGCCUUUGCGAAAAGCACACCUCUCAUGGAGAAGGACGUCAAGAAGUUUCCUCUCGAACUGGGCGCUCUGGAGCUCGCUGUAGAAAUUCUAUAGCUUCCUGUGCAGAUGAGCAACCUCAUAUUGGAAAUUACAGACUUCUUAAAACGAUUGGAAAGGGGAAUUUUGCAAAAGUAAAGUUGGCUAGACACAUCCUUACUGGCAGAGAGGUUGCAAUAAAAAUAAUUGACAAAACACAAUUGAACCCAACUAGUCUUCAAAAGCUUUUCAGAGAAGUAAGAAUAAUGAAGAUUUUAAAUCAUCCAAAUAUAGUGAAGUUAUUUGAAGUAAUUGAAACUGAAAAAACUCUCUACUUAAUCAUGGAGUAUGCAAGUGGGGGUGAGGUAUUUGACUAUCUGGUUGCACAUGGAAGAAUGAAGGAAAAGGAAGCAAGAGCUAAAUUUAGACAGAUAGUAUCUGCAGUGCAGUACUGCCAUCAAAAGCAUAUUGUUCAUAGAGAUCUCAAGGCUGAAAAUCUAUUGCUAGAUGCAGAUAUGAACAUUAAAAUAGCAGACUUUGGUUUUAGCAAUGAGUUUACAGUUGGAAAUAAACUGGACACAUUUUGUGGCAGCCCACCAUAUGCUGCGCCAGAGCUCUUCCAAGGCAAGAAAUAUGAUGGACCUGAAGUAGAUGUUUGGAGUUUAGGUGUUAUUCUUUACACUCUUGUUAGUGGAUCUCUUCCUUUUGAUGGACAGAACUUAAAGGAACUGAGAGAGAGAGUACUAAGGGGAAAAUACAGGAUCCCUUUCUACAUGUCAACAGACUGUGAAAACCUCCUCAAACGUUUUCUGGUGCUAAACCCAACUAAAAGAGGCACUCUAGAGCAAAUCAUGAAGGACCGGUGGAUCAAUGCAGGGCAUGAAGAUGAUGAGCUAAAACCUUUUGUUGAACCAGAGCUGGACAUCUCAGACCAGAAGAGAAUAGAUAUUAUGGUUGGAAUGGGAUACUCUCAAGAAGAAAUUCAAGAAUCCCUUAGUAAAAUGAAAUAUGAUGAAAUCACAGCUACAUACUUAUUGUUAGGGAGAAAAUCAUCAGAGUUGGAUGCUAGUGAUUCAAGCUCCAGCAGCAAUCUUUCCCUUGCUAAAGUUAGGCCAAGUAGUGAUCUCAACAAUAGCACUGGACAAUCGCCUCAUCACAAAGUGCAGAGAAGCAUAUCUUCCAGCCAAAAACAGCGACGGUACAGCGAUCAUGCUGGACCAUCUAUCCCUCCAGUAGUGGCGUAUCCAAAAAGAAGCCAGACUAGCACUACAGACAGUGACCUGAAAGAAGAUGGAAUUCAGACAAGGAAAUCUAGCAGUAGUGCUGUUGGGGGACGAGGAAUUGCUCCGGCUAGCCCCAUGCUCGGAAAUGCUAACAAUCCAAAUAAGGCUGAUAUUCCUGAACGUAAGAAAAGUUCGGCUGUCCCCAGUAAUAAUACCGCACCUGGAGCAAUGACACGCCGCAAUACAUACGUUUGUAGCGAGAGAACCACUGCAGAUAGACAUUCAGUAAUCCAAAAUGGCAAGGAGAACAGCACUGGUCCUGAUCAAAGAACUCCUGUUGCUUCAACUCAUAGCAUCAGCAGUGCAACUACACCUGAUCGCAUUCGUUUCCCAAGAGGAACUGCCAGUCGUAGCACUUUCCAUGGUCAACUCAGAGAGCGACGUACUGCUACAUAUAAUGGACCACCUGCCUCACCCAGUCUAUCCCAUGAAGCAACACCGCUUUCACAGACUAGGAGCAGGGGCUCCACUAAUCUUUUUAGUAAAUUAACUUCAAAACUAACAAGAAGAAACAUGUCAUUCAGGUUUAUCAAAAGGCUCCCGACUGAAUAUGAGAGGAACGGGAGAUAUGAGGGCUCAAGUCGCAAUGUAGCUGUGGAUCAGAAGGAUGAAAACAAGGAAGCCAAGCCCCGUUCGCUGAGGUUUACUUGGAGCAUGAAAACUACCAGUUCCAUGGAUCCUAACGAUAUGAUGAGGGAAAUUCGUAAAGUCCUGGAUGCCAAUAAUUGUGACUAUGAACAAAGAGAGCGUUUCUUGCUUUUCUGUGUCCAUGGCGAUGGACAUGCGGAAAAUCUUGUACAGUGGGAGAUGGAGGUGUGUAAACUGCCAAGACUGUCACUGAAUGGAGUCCGCUUUAAGCGGAUAUCGGGAACAUCCAUAGCUUUUAAAAACAUUGCUUCCAAAAUUGCCAAUGAAUUAAAGCUGUAAGAAAAAGUAAUUAAGUUGUAAAUUAAGUAGCAAUUUCGAGUGUUUUUGAGAACACCGAUGGAAAUGUAUAGAAUAAUAUUUAGGCAAUAACUUCUACAUCUUCUGAAUCAUGAUAUUAAAAAAAAAUUGAAACAAGCUGCUGAGCUGGGAGGGAGAGUUGGACUUUUUUUAUAAGUGCACUACAGCAUUAAAGUUGCCUACUAUGUAAAA